ACGACUGUCAACGCAGUUGAAAAAGCAGUUCGCAGCGCAAGAUGCACGUAUAUCAGCACAGUUGUCAGCGGUGAAAGUGAUGGACGAGCGUAUGUCUGGGCAGAUGUCCUCACAGUUGGAAGAGCAUGAAGCGUAUGAACCAGUUAAAGGGUCAUCAUGGUCACAAGAGCAAGAAGCUCAUAUACCAGCACAGGUGUGUUCACAGUUGGAAGAGCAGGAAUCGCGUACACCAGUACAGCGAGCCUCACAGUCGGAUGAGCAAGAAGCGUAUAUACCAGUACAAGGGUCCUCACAGGUCAAAGAGCAGGAUAAAAUUAAAGAUGAAACAGAUGACUAUUUGGAAGAAGAUUCAGAAUUGCAAGGUGUAAUGUAUAAAGUGCAUUUGAACAAAUGUACAACGAGUGAAGAAAUAGGUUUAGAAAGCUCAGUCGCAAAAGCAUAUUUUGCAGAACAGAACAGUUUAAAGUUGGUUGGUAAACUUGUGGUUGUUUCGAAGGUUAGAAUACCUGAAGUUCACAACGAGCUGCACAACGACCCAAGUGGAGGCCACUGGAGAAUAACGACGACCUAAGAAGUUAAAGAAGCAAAGAUUUUAUUGGGUUGGUUGUCAUCAGUCAGUUUCGGCCAAUUAUGCUGAGUACAUUGGAGCUAAAAUAUUGAGAUUCAAGAAUCAUGGCAAGAUAAAGCAGUACAAUCCGGGUGCACCAUUUGAGCGAAUUGUCAAACAAACAAAUAUGUGUUGGUAGUGAAGGACUAUUUCAAUGACUGGCUAGAAGUAUACAGAAUUCCUACUCAAGAGGCUGAAGCAGUAGCGGACGUAUUCAUCAACAAGUGGGUAUCGAGAUUCGGUGCACCACGUUCUUUGCUCUAUCAGCUUUUCCUACAAACGAUCGUAAAUAUGUUUGUUUAUGUAUGAGCAUAAAUACAUUACAAAACUGUUUUAGAAUUGACAAAUAUUUUAAAUCGACAAGAGCUAUGUUGCCACUUUUGUCACUUUUUCUGUGUUUUGCGGAUUUACGGGGUUGUCAAUUUUCCCUUCUUGUGGGAACAUUGUAUCUGCUUUUAUGAAUGAAGCGAGUUCGCCUGUUGAAAGGGCGCUUGCGUUUGUGCUAUUUAGAUCGUGAUUCAUAUGAAUGGAUCGAGAGUGAAUUAAAAAGCUAAAUGGAAGCUUCCAAUGGCUGUUUGGAGCGACAUCGAACCAGUGGCGAUGGAAUGGAAGAAGAGCAAAUUAAUACGUCUAAAGAAGCAAACGUCAAAUACGAUAAUUUGAUAUCUCGUUAUGCUGUACGUAAACCAACUAGGGCUACAAUACAUGAAAAUGUUCAUAAAAGAUCCACAAAUAACACUUCUACAUGCCUAAACGACCAAUUCCUUCAGUCUGGUCUGCAAACACUUUAUCGCCGAUACGAAGGGCCACGUAGUCUUGCACCAGCCUUACCAGGAGGUAAAUUGAUUCAAAUGAUUCCUCAUUUAAUCAAACCAUCUAAAGCCACGGGCACACAUAAGAAAAAUAAGCCUCCAAAAUUUGUACCAUAUGAGCCAUAUACAGGCGCUACUAGUUUCAUCGUAUCUACACCAAACCCAAAAACAACGAUGAAAAAUAAAAACAAUUUAGAUAUUGGAGUACUAGUAAGUCAAAUGUCAACAAUGCGUUCAAAAGAAUUAGGGGACAAGAGCAGCGAAGAAUAUUGUGGUAACAGUUCUUUGGAUGUUAAAUUUGAGAAACUAAGAGAAGAACUCAGGAAAAUUACAGAGGAACGAGAUUAUUACCAAGGACAAUUUAGAUUUCAAACCCAAGUUAAUUCCGAAUUAAAAAACUUGUUGGUAGCAUCUGUAGGGGAAGAUAUGCAGUCACAUGUUAACGUGCUCACCGAAGACAAACUUCAGUUGGCACGCGCGUUGUUAGAUACCGCGAAAAAUUCAACAACACAUACGGAGCAAAUUGAGUUUCUUGCGAGCCAGUGUGAAGUGUGGCGUUCCAAAUUUCUUGCUAGUAGCGUAAUGGUAGAAGAACUAGCACGAUGGAAAGCUGACCUAAUGCAGAAGAACCAAAUAUUAGAAGAAUCCACAAAGCGAUUACUCCACGCAACUCAUCAAAUCCGAGAAAUGCAGUUAGAAAUCUUAAAAAAUUUAAAAUUUGUUGCAAAGAUACGUUAUCUAAACCUUCCAAGUACUGAUGUAAUUAACCUUAGUGCGGAAAAUUUAAAUAUCGUACAUCAAAUGGUUUUACACACUGGUGUUGGAAUACCCGAAGGUGACAUAGAGAUUUUGAGCACUAGUAAAAAUCCGCUUUGUGAUGCUGAAAAAUAUGCUGUAAAGUCCUUACAAUUCAUUAGUCAGCCUUUAAUGGCUACGGAUGAAGCGAUAAAAGCGCUUUUUGGACAAGUCCAGCGACCAUAUAGUGGAAUAAAUACACAAAGUUAAGUGAGAUGUUUUCUUCCGAGUAGAAAAGUUUUAAACUUAAUUAUUUUAUAAGGUUGUAUACAUAAUUAAAGACAGAUGUGAAAAUUUUUUGUAAUUGUAAUCAUUAAUAAUUAUCAUAAUAGGAAUGUUGUUGUUGAAAUCGUGUUAUUACACGAAAUUAAAACAUUACCGAAUCUAAAAAGGCAGUGUUUUAUAGAGAAUAUUUUCUAUUUUUUUUAGCAAUUUAAAUUUUAUUAUUUAUACCUGAAUAUGGUUCUAAAAAGGCAGUGUUUUAUAGAGAAUAUUUUCUAUUUUUUUUAGCAAUUUAAAUUUUAUUAUUUAUACCUGAAUAUGGUUCUAAUAAAAUUUGUUUACUUGUACAGACGAUAUUAGAUACAA